AGAAACAGCAAUAUCUCAAAGUCACACAACACUACCCCACCCCUUCCAACGAUCUUUCCCCUCUGCUACCUGAACACACGCCUCCUCUUCAUCUCUAAUCUCCUCUUCCCCGCGCGCGGCCUCCCCAUGCAUCAACACCGCAACCACCCUCGCCACGGCCGUCUCCAACCAUGAACGACGUAAACCCUAGACAACCAACACGCACAGCACAUAGCUAGACAAACAGAGACGCACGCGAGCUAGCUUCAGGCUUUCAGCCAUGCGGCGAUCGGACUCGGAAGACCGGUGCAAGCGGCACCCGGAGCACCGGCUGUCCAAGGGCGUCUGCCCGUCCUGCCUCCGCGACCGCCUCGCCCACCUCUCCGCCUCCUCCUCCGCCGCCACCACCACCACGCGCGCCUCCUCCUCGGCCACCACCUCCCCGUACUCCUCCGCGGGCUCGUCCCCUCCGCCCCACCACGUCGCGCUCUCGGCGGACGUCAGCUCGGUCCACGUCUUCGGCGGUCCCACCUCCAACGGCUCCUCCUUCAUCAACGUCGCUGCCUUCUCGCAGCCGCUGAUGACGACCUCCGUUAAGAAACCUGCAGGGAGGCAAGAGGACGCGGGCAGGGAGUCUGUGCAGGGGAAGGGGGAGGUCAAGAAGAAGAAGAAGAAGAGCGGCAAGAAGAAGAUAGGGAGGUUCCUGUCGAGGCUCGUGGGAGCGGAGAAGCGGCGGCAAACCGGCGACGGCGAGCUCUUCCACUCCAAGACCAUGAAGGAUAAGACGUCGUCCAAGUGGGUAUUCUUCUGAAAUCUCAUGAGACGGUGGCACCAGGCAAGCUUGCAAGAUACGCUCAACCAGUUCUUGUUAAUCUUUCCUUUACUCUCCCUCGCUUUUUUCAGGUACUUCUGUGCUUGAUUUUGAGAUUUUUUUGGGUUGUGUGUACCAAAUUAAGUAAUUAACCUCUUGGCGAUUUUGUACUUCAUCAUAAGCAUAUUUUAAGGGCACGUAUGUGAGAAAUUGUAUAUGCUUAUUUAUUCUGUAAAAUUAGAAAAUUCAAGAACAACGUUAUAUAUGCAUGCCAAAUUACUUGUCCUGUA